CUGCGAUAUUAAACUGGAAUGUGAUUUUAUUCGCAAAGUACCGUUUGCUCUCGCGUUAAAUUAAUGUCGCGAGGGCUAGCCGGGUGGUCGUUAUAGGCCAUGAUAAAACUGCGAUAAAGUGUGGAGCGUUGAACUUGUGCAAUUUUUUUUUUAUCUCUACGUACUUAUUAAUCAACUAUUCUCCAUUCGUCAAACCUAUUUUUUUGUAAUUUUUUUUUUUUUCGUUUCGAAUUAAUUUACAUUCAUCGUCCUUUUUUCCGGCGCUCACCGUCGUUUUCCGAGUGGAAGGUCCCUCAAAUCGACCUCGCAGCAGUGAUCCAAGCGCGUUGCAUUCUAUUGUUAUUAUCAUUCCGAUAAAUAAACGCGUUGCUAAACGGGUUUUCUACUUGAGAUCCCAUUAACAGAGCGGACACGGUCGAGGGAGCCGCAGAGUCUCCUCGGUUCGUUCGCGCCGAAUGGUAACGCAGGAGGGGUGAACGAAGAAGAGUAGCGCUAGUCAGUCGGCGGUGAGACUCCGCGUGCGACGCGUCGUUGCCGUGGCUCUUUCUUCGCCGUUCGGGGACGGGAUCCGCGAUUUUUCAACCCUUCGUGACCGCCGCGCCACGUGUGAACUUAUCCUCGAGAAAUAAAAAGAAAGAAAGAAAAAGCGAAAGUGGUCCUCGUGCAAUUUUCCAGUGCAAACGAUAGCUCCCCCGUGCUGGGAGCACGUUCCAGGGACGUGAUACCACAGUAUCCAAUCGUCGAUCGUGAUCGUUCGCGAAUUGCUCGAACGUUCCAGCCCGCAGAUAACACGCGCUACGCGUUUGGUCACGCGGCCUAUGAAAUCCCGAGGUGGACGUUUCAUUGAUGGAAGAGAGUACUCCGAUAGUGACAGCGACAGUGCGAGCAAAGUAACGUCCCCCGUACGUCGAGAACACGUGGAACCGUGUACCACGUCGAUCGGUUUGUGUUCCAGUGCGGGACACGUUCUCUUAUGCGUGUGUUUCCCUCGAGUGUGUGUCCGCGCGUGAGCAAAAAAGAAGCCGAGGAACGAGGAGCAACGUGGAAGCUGGGAGGAACGUUAAAUGAAUGUUGUUGCAAGGGGCGGCUGUGAUCGUGAGAGUAGAAAAGGUGCACGGCGGGAUCGGCCGAUUUCAAUUCAUAAAUGUGCGAGAGAAGGAGCCCACAAUGGUGGCUCGGCUCCCGCAACAAGUUCUGCUGCUGCUCGUACUCGUUACUGGGACCGCUGCGGAAGGCACACGCGAGACGGAGAAGUCACUGCGGAGUACGUACGACACACGACGGACCAGCAGAUCAUUUCCUUGGUCGUCCACCAGCACGGAUCGUAGCAUGGGAGUGGCCAGAUUCAUCGGAAAGUUUCGUCAAACAACUUCCUGGCACGCGGAAAACUCGAGUCCGAGCUCGAGGGAGCGGGUCGCGCUCGAGUUCCUAGAGCUGGUCAGCGAGGCUCCAGCAGAGGAGAUGGCGGAGGAGGAGAUCCAGAUGCAGGGCAUCGAAACGUUGUCGGGAAAGGAGAAUGACGCGGAAAAAGUGAAAAUCUCGUGCGAAAAUGCGACCCUGUCCUCGAGGAGUACGCUUGACACGAGGCAGAAGAUAAAUCUAUCCGCUGGCCGGACGUUUAUCCAAUCAACGACAGACGGAUCGAGCUUCGAGGAAAACGUUCUCCCCGCCAGAAGUUUUGAUAACAUAGUGCCGUCGAACGAGACCCGGUUGCAGCACAAGCAAAUCUCGAAAGAACCGACUGUCUCCACAACCCCGACGACCUUUGUCCUCAGCGACGUUGUACGCCGUCAGAUGAGGCACGUUCCAGACGUCUGCGAAAAGUUCAGUAUCGGGGACGAGAUCAAGAAAGAAUUUUACAGCCCCAACUAUCCGGAUAACUAUCCCAAUCUUACCGAGUGCGUCAGAGUUCUGGAAGCUGACAAAGAUAUGCUACUGAAGCUCGACUUUCGGGACGAGUUCAAGCUCGAGGAUAGCGCCGACUGCCGUUACGAUUUCCUCGAGGUACGUGACGGCCAGCACGGCUACUCCAAUCUCCUCGGCAACUACUGCGGCACGAAUUUCCCCCCAGAGAUCACGUCGAAGACGAGAUACCUCUGGCUGCGAUUCCACAGCGACGAUAGCAUCGAGGGCAAGGGCUUCAAGGCCGUCUGGAGCAUGAUACCAAGACCGACCUAUCCUGGAGUGCCACCGGAACCAGAGCCAUGCGUACGAUACGUGAACGGGAUGGAAGCUGUUAUCAAGAGCGACGAUGUCGUGGACCGGAAGAAACUCGCCGAGAAAGAAGGCACCCCGUUGGACUGCAUGUGGAACAUUACGGUGAAGGAGGGAUGGAAGAUUCAGCUGACGUUCUCGGAUCCCUUCAAGCUGCAACGACCGAACGAGUGCGACGCCAACUUCGUGGACAUAUUCAAAGAACGCACUGACAUGUCCUCGAGAGAGAAGAAUUUCUGCGGCAGCAUCGCCGACACCGUCGUCAUCCACACCAAUAUCGCCUUUGUCAGGUUUUACGCUGAACCUAAAGCGCUGAACAGCAGCUUCGAAGCCGUCAUGACAGCGCUCAGGGACAGAGACCCGGGUGACAAACCCUGCCUCGACGACGAGUACUAUUGCGAGGACGCGACCUGCAUCGACGCGAACUUAACGUGCAACGGAAGGGUCAAUUGCCGUUUCCGGUGGGACGAAGAAGACCAGGCCUGCCACACGAAGAAGUCACGGCUGAUCGAUUCCCAGCACAUCGUCAUAAUCCUCAUCAUUUUCUCUCUGAUUCUGUUCGGUAUGAGUUUCGCCUUCGUUUUCAACUGUAUACGGAAGCUCGUGCGAGAUCAUCGAAUCAUUCGGGAGCACAUCAGGCAGUCCAGAGAAAAUCGAUUGGACGAACUCGGUCGUAAGGCAACACCCUGUCCCAUCUCGUCUUCCAGGACAGACAUCAGGGACCGAGGAAGCGAGUCACCGAGUCUGGAGGUGGUGCCCAGCAAAGAACUUUUACCGCCCACCACCCUAAUAGCCCAAGAAUACACGAAGGACUUGGUACUGGAGAUGGGUUACAACGCCAGGGACAUGAACGACAUCCACCAGAGCAACAACGUCAGUAACGCUACCCAGGAACGGUUGCAGGAAUCCAACGAGGAACCAGAGAUGCGCGACAACUUCUGUCAAACGAGGGAGACCCUCUUCGAACCCCGAAUCCCGGACAACGCAGCGCCUAUAGGCUUUACUACUUUCGGCGUACGGACACCUAGUAUUUCCCAAAACGGGACCAACAAUCAUCUUCACCACCUUCGUCAUCAUCACCUGCACCACCACCAAAGUCCGCCGCAGUCGCGACACAGCUCUCAACCUUCCCAUCACAGUUCGCAACCGUCUUCGGAGCAGAGUCCUCAGCAGCCGAGCUCUCAAUGCUCCGGUUGCAGUCCAGCGUCCAGAGAUCGGGACGGUAGCAUGGGUGUUUGUCCAAAGCACAAUCCAAUCCCAGCUCCACCCGGCUGGUCGACCCACGAGUCCAGCUAUCAACUACCUCCUCACCAAGGUUCGCCUUACUCGGACCUUCCGGAUUAUCCUUCGCACCAGAGGUACCAGAGCCCGAAAUCCAGCAAGGAGACCAGUGUCUAUCGUCAAUCGCCCAAGUUCGCAAGGCAAGCGACGAUCGGGUCCGGUGAGAGGUACGGUUCUAUUUACGGAUCCGGCCACGGAUCCAGCAAUGCGUCGAGCACUCAGCAUUCUGGCACACCCAAGUGCCAUCAGCAGAUGCCGCACGAUCCAAGGUACAGGGCGGAGGCGGUGAUAGAGGUCGAUCAGAGGCGACCCUUCAGCAUAGAGAGCACGAAGAGUGCUCCGGAUGUGAUCGCGACGCACUGACGCCGGGGUCCUGGGGAUUGGGAGCCCUACAAGAGACGCCAUCCCCGUCAAACUGUUACCGAUCGUCAGCUGUCCGGCAAGAACGGUGGGAACAAGGUCACCGUGGCCACGCAGAGCUCUUUAGACGACGAUGCCUCGACCAGCUCGACGGUCGAGGCGAAUUCAUCCUCCUGAUCCACGUAUAACGGUGCGAUCGAACCGCCUGACCAAUUGGACUAUUCGGAUCAGGACGAUCUAGCGCCUUCGGGAAGUUCUGCGCGACAGGUCGCUCGAAAAUCCGAGACGUCGAGGUCCUCGGGUACAGUCAAGCGGAACGACGUUCCAGAUGUCAACAGAGUAAGUGAGACGGAGUCUCAACAGGGGAAUAUCAGUGAAAUCGGCGGAAGGAAUCCGAAGAACGCGUCCGGUACGGAGUCUACCGGAACAACAGAGACGUUAUUCGGCGAUGUCGCGAUCCUACGGUCUACCGAGCGCGACAGACGAGAGUCGUUCGACGGUGUUCCGAUUUCGAAACCAUUAGGCGCGGGAGUGGCUUUGAGGAUCAGCGAUCUCCCGAUUCUGAGGCCUCCGGAGGCUUUCAGGGCUCCUAUCUUUCGGUGCAAAGCGCCGACUUUGGCGUGGCAGCACUGCGGUUGCCCUUCGCAUUCUCAUUUACCGCCGCGAAGGUCGUCGGUUAUCUGUAGUGCCUUGAAACGCUACAACCAGGAGCCUUUCUAUCGAACCUGGCCGAACAGAACAGCCAGAAGGUUCGUUCGACCCUCGAGAAGGACCGUGGGUACGCAAAGCUCGUUCGACGGUUCUAGAUCGUCUCUUGGUGCUCUUCGUUGCGUCGUCAGGUCGAUCGACAUGACGGAGAGGUCGAUGGAUCUUGAGAUCGGAGCAACCAUACCUUUCUAGUGGUUGCUUCUUAACCGAAGUGUUUCUUCAACGCGUUGGAUCGAUUGGAUUACAAAUCAAAAAGGGGAAGCGAUAUCAGCUGUAUUAUUGUUAAAUUGGGAAUUGUUAUCGCUUGGAUCGGAUACGUACCCGCGCUCGCGUUUCUUUUGUUAACGUUUCGGAUUUCACUGAAAUUAAAAGCGUUGCUGUCGUAGGGCUCGCUGACGUAACGAUCUUUCGUGUAAUAAUUGCUGCAAUCGUCGUUGUCGAUUGACUACGGUUGAAACUUGACACCGUAGAAUAAAUUUGUUAUGUAUCCGACGCCUAUUCGAUUGGUGCGCGUGAAAGGUGAUUUUUAAAAAAAUAUACAAUCUCAUUUUGUUUCGGUUACGAGGCCGCGCCACGAAAAUUGAAAAAUGACAUUUCGAAUGCACCGUUGUAAUUUUUCGUAGCCAUCGGCGUUGCUUCCAAAGCUGCGAAAAAAUGCGCGAGAAUGAGAAUUUCACUCCGAAACAAUUUUUUACUAUUUGCAUUUCGCAAAUUCGCGAAACAAUUUUUAGACCCAAUAGUUACUCUUCAGGGAAUCGGUCGCAAUUUGUUUUUUUUUUUUUUUUUUAUAGAGAAUAUUAUCCUAUCUUCAUCUCGACAUUCUUUCGUACCACUGAAGGCAACGUAAAUGUGAAAAUGGUCAAGAUAAAUUACACACGUAUAUCUAUGCAUCUUUGCACCUUUAACGAUUAAUCGUUCUGAAACGAAGUUGCAUUGCGGGAUGAUUAAUCUAUUAUUUCCAUCCGCGAGGCAAACGAAACUGAUUAGUGCUAAAAGUUUGAAUCGCUCGUUGCGCGCCAUGUGACGUGUUUGGAGUUAGUUUAGGACGAAUUACUUACCAUAACCG